AUAGCAGAAGGCGCAUUUGAGGACGCGUUUCUCGCGAAGCACGGGAUGAGACCCUCGCGGAAACUUCUGAUAAGUGAAGGAGUUGUUAAGUCCGAAUAAGAGGAACUGAAAUUGAAAGCAAGCGUCUUGCAAAUUGCAUCUUCAGCGACCCCUUUAGGCCUUAACCAAGCUUACCGGUUACCCUUCUCUUCUCUGCGUCCGAUUAUCGUGCCUCUUCGUUACACCCAAUUUCAUCUCUCUUCUCUUUUUUUGGCGGGAAAACGAAGCAACUAGGGAAUUGGAGAGAGUCACAGAGAUGGGGGUUUCGGAGAAUUGCAAAGGGUUAAUACUUGCCAUGGGUUCCAGUGUAUUCAUUGGCUCAAGCUUCAUCUUGAAGAAGAAGGGUCUCAAGCGUGCUGCUGCACGCGGUACUCGUGCAGGAGUUGGAGGUUAUACUUAUCUACUAGAGCCGCUUUGGUGGGCUGGCAUGGUUACAAUGAUUAUUGGGGAGGUUGCAAAUUUUGUGGCUUAUAUCUAUGCUCCGGCGGUUCUCGUAACUCCCCUUGGUGCGCUUAGUAUUAUUGUCAGUGCUAUUUUGUCUCACUUCUUGUUGAACGAGCGGCUUCCAAAGAUGGGGGUGUUGGGGUGUGUAUCAUGCAUUGUGGGAUCGGUUGUUAUUGUCAUUCAUGCACCACAAGAGCAGACUCCGGAUUCUGUCCAAGAAAUAUGGGAUCUGGCUACUCAACCAGCAUUUCUGACAUAUGUGGUGGCAACAGUUUCGGUUGUUUUGGCCUUGAUCAUACACUUUGAACCUCGCUAUGGACAGACUAAUAUGUUGGUCUACUUGGGAAUUUGUUCAUUAGUUGGUUCACUCACGGUGGUGAGCAUAAAGGCCAUUGGAAUUGCAAUAAAGCUUACACUUGAUGGAAUAAGUCAAGUAGCUUAUCCUCAGACUUGGUUUUUUCUUACGGUGGCUACAAUCUGUGUCAUUACACAGUUGAAUUACCUUAAUAGGGCUCUGGAUACAUUCAAUGCCACAAUUGUUUCUCCUGUAUACUAUGUAAUGUUUACAACUCUGACUAUUAUUGCCAGUGCAAUAAUGUUUAAGGAUUGGUCUGGUCAGGAUGUGAGCAGCAUAGCCUCUGAGCUAUGUGGAUUCAUCACCGUUCUUUCAGGAACAAUAAUAUUGCACAUGACUAGAGAACAGGAAGAGUCUAAUAAUACGCAAAGGACCUUGACGUGGUUCAUUGGUGAAGAUUCAAUGAAGGGUGUUGAGGAUGAACACCUGAUCUUCAUACGUGAUUCCGAAUAUCUUGAACGUUAAGUUUUCCCUUGAGGUUAGGAUAAUGUGAGAGAACAUCUUCAAUCAGAGUCAAUACAAUGACGCGAGCCUGCCUAUGGUCACAUGAUAUGGUGCAUUUGCAGUGUGGAUCGCUUGUUCUGGAGCUUAAUGAAUUCAAGCAUCCACGGUGCUAAUAGUUUUCUAACCAUUUAUCCCCAUGCUGUUUGCACGCAGCUAUUGACUGAAGCCAUCUCAGAAUGUGUGAUAUGCCCAUCGUGAUUAAAGUGCUGAACCAUUUUCAAACUGACAUGAGAUUGGUGUCUCAUUACAACAAAUGAAAAUUUUGGAGCGAUCUUAUGCCAUGUUCUAUUGUCCAUCGUAGCCGGUGUAAUUUUUCUUCACAUAGAUAUAUUAUUUUGGCAGGAAGUUAGCAAUUGUUCACAGAUAUAUUAUUUUGGCAGGAAGCUGGCAAUUGUUCAUAUAGUUCCGUCUGUAUUUUUCUCAUUUAAUUAACUAUUAGAUUUAUCGUUUCUUUUCUUGAAUUAGGUAAAUGAUAAUAGAUUCGAUGGCUUCUGCUGAAAUGCUGAAGAUAUUUAUUCUUCUGAUCUUCUGCAACCAAAGUUGAGUAUUUUGGUAGA